GCUACAGCCUACAGGACUUUUCCUUUAUAUACAAUGCAAGUUAAAGGCUUGUUUGCCCCAGCUCCCAUUUAGAGUGAAAUUGAUUUACUCUUUUUUCAGCCAAAUGGAAUUUUCAAGACUCUUUUUGCUCUUACUAUCCUCCGCUUUUCACAUAAAUCUCUCUUCCUCCGAAGUUGCUAUUGAUUUUCGGAAGAAUUGUAAUAUCAGCGACGGCAACUUCACUGCUAACAGUCCCUACGCGGCCAACCUCAAUCGUCUCUUCUCCCAACUCUCCUCCGACCAGGAUUUCAACUAUGGGUUCUAUAAUAUAUCCGUUGGCCAAAGCCCUGACCAGGUCAAUGCAAUUGCACUCUGCAGGGGAGACCAAAAGGAGAAGGCCUGCUGAAGUUGCCUGAAUGAGAUCAUCUCCUUGCUCCAAGAAGUCUGUCCCAGAAACAAAGAAGCAAUCGCGUGGUCAGGAUUUUGCACCGUACGGUACUCCACACGAAAAAUUAUCGGAGUUAUGGAAGUCGAUCCUUUUGAUCAACUUUAUAGAUUUUAUAGCCAAAGUGUACCGCAUGAUGUUAAUGAUUUCGACAGGGCCUUGAGUUUCUUGUUGAAAAAUUUAAGCGUCGGUGCGGCUACCGGAGAUUCUC